AUGGUACCUAAAAAUGAAGUCUACCUCGAAUUCGCAGUCGUCCGCCUCAGGGAAAUCUUCAACACCCUGCACCGUAUGGGCCCCGUCAUCCAAGACCUGAAGAUAUCUACAGCCAUACCAGACAAGAUCAGCACCACCGCAUUCGUCAUCGCCUUCCUGGACUGGGCUAUCUCGCCCAGAUCCAUCGCAGGAGAUCUCAUCCGGGUGCUUGAGAGGGUCGAUGUUAACGUAAUGGAGGAGGAUGUUGACACCGUCAUGCACAAGCUGACGAUGAAGAACGAGGCGAAGGAAGCCGUUGUUUCGUGGGCGCGGUUCUGGUGUUUGAAUCUCUUGUUUCCGAGUUAG